UCUCUCGGCCCGCGCACUUUGCUGUGGACCGCCUCCCAUGUGGCAGUCUCCGCCGGAAACCGUUGCGGGGAGUCAGCCUCCCAAAGCAUCGGCGGCUAAUGUUUGAAUCUUUCUCGUCACAAAAAAAACCUAGACACGUUUUUUCUUUGGCCCCCAAGUUCGAUUUGGGUGUAACCGACGCUCACCCGCGCAACCGCUACACCCGUUCGGAUACCUGCACUGAUGGAUGCCGAAAGCAGAGGAACCUGUGAGUCCCCCGAAAACUAGCAGACGACGACGAGUUUGCGCUCUCCCCCUAUUCAACGCUGCAGAGGCACGCGUGUGUUUGUGUGUGUGUGUUGUGCGUGCGUGCGGUGCCUGCCCCGCCGAAGAAAGCGAACUUUCAAGUUGUUUUUCGUCGUGUAUUUUCCCCUCUGUUUUGUCGUUUGACAAUUAGCCGGGUUCCGUGGGUUCCCCGUGGAAACGUGUCCGCUCGUCGGCGCCUCUCGCUUGGAUAUUAAAAGAGGAGCGACGCAUCUGAGCCGCCGGCUUCGAGUCUUGGUGGCCUGCUUGGAAUGCCAGUCGACCGGACAUCUUCUCGAACAAAGGGCUUGCAGCUGGGCGAAGACUCGAGCGACACAAGUUAUUCUAUGCCGCGUAGCGACAAGCACCACACCGCGACAAAGAUGGCGUCCCACGAGUCCAGCUGAGGCCUCUCGCCUAGUCCAGGCGGCCUUUCCCUCACCCCUGUGCGGGCCAACCAAAGAAGCAGCCUCCGGAUGGACCACUCUGUGAAGGCGAUGCAGUCGCACCGCAAGGCCGCCUUCUCCAGACUGCUGCGAGGCCGCCGUUUCGAGAACCGCGACCUGGAGCAGCUGUACCAGCGCUACAUCUUCAAGCUGCAACAGUCCUCCAUCGCCAGUGUCCUGGGACUUCUGGUUCUGCUCAACGUGACCCUGGCGUCCGUGGACCUGGCCUACAGGUCCGGGUCGCCGUCCCUCUCCGGCGUCCUCCACCUGGCCCACGGACUCCUCUUCCUGGCGGGCUUCUGCUUCGUGGCCACCAGGCGCCUCGAAGACGCCUACCUCCUGGGCCUGUGCCACGCGACCUUGGCUCUGGGGGCGUCCUUCUGCGUGCUCUCGAUGCCCAUGGAAGUGGGGGACCCGGGGUCGUCGGCCCACUUCUGGACGCUGAGGAGGCCCUCUACGGCCGACGGCGUCUGGGAGCUGGUGUUUGUGCUGUUCCUCGCGUACACGAUGCUGCCCGUGCGUACCAGGACCGUGUUUGUGCUCGGGACGUCGCUGUGCGUGCUCCACACAGUGUGCGCCUGCCUCUUCACCACGGAGCUCAUCGAACACAGGACUGCGCAGGUGCUGGCCAACGGCGUGGUGUUCGUGUGCGUGCACCUGGUCGGGGUGUUCGUGCACUCGAUCAUGGAGCACGCGCAGCGCAAGGCCUUCCUGGACACGCGCAACUGCAUCAACGCCCGCCUCGACAUGGAGGACGAGAACGAGAAGCUGGAGCGACUGCUGCUCAGCGUCUUACCGCAGCACGUGGCCAUGGAAAUGAAAGAGGACAUCAUAGCACCACGGGCAGGCCAGUUUCACAAGAUCUACAUCCAAAAGCACGAGAAUGUCAGCAUCCUGUUUGCUGACAUCGUUGGCUUCACCGUCCUGGCGUCUCAGUGCACGGCGCAGGAACUCGUCAGGUUGCUCAAUGAGCUCUUUGGGCGAUUUGAUCAACUUGCCAACGACAACCAUUGCCUGCGAAUCAAGAUCCUGGGCGACUGCUACUACUGUGUGAGCGGCUUACCAGAGCCACGCUCGGACCACGCCCAUUGCACCGUUGAGAUGGGGCUCGACAUGAUCGACGCCAUCGCGUCCGUGGUGGAGGCGACAGACGUGCAGCUGAACAUGCGCGUGGGCAUCCACACGGGCCGAGUGCUGUGCGGGGUGCUGGGACUGCGCAAGUGGCAGUACGACGUCUGGUCCAACGACGUCAACCUGGCAAACUCCAUGGAGGCUGGCGGAGUACCCGGGCGGGUGCACAUCACGGAGGCCACGCUGGGCUGCCUGCAUGGCGAGUAUGAAGUGGAGCCCGGGCGGGGCCAGGAGCGCAACGCUUAUCUGCGAGAGCACAACGUCAACACCUUCUUCAUCUUGCCCAACAUCCAGAGGAGGAAGCAGACGCUGCUGUUCAACCAGUUGCAUGUGCGGCGCCUGGCCGGUCGCAAGCUCUCCUUCAAGAACGUCUCCAAUGUGGUGGUACAGCUGCUCCACUCCAUCAAGUACAGCAUGGACGUGCCCUUCUCAAACAUGGCCAUGCCCCCGCCCCCUGCCUCAAAUGCCGCAGCUGCCUCCGCUGCCGCAGAGAAGCAGUCUAGCAAGAAGCUCAAGAUGCCCGACAAACUCCGGAAGCCCUUCAAAAAAAGGCACUCUGUGGUGUACCACCAGCCCACCAACCGCGUCAACAAGUACCUGGCUCAAGCCAUCGAGGCCCGCAGUGUCGAUCGGGAGAAGUCCAAUCACGUCAACGUCGUCACGCUGUGGUUCAAGGACAAGGGCAAAGAGAAGCAAUACCACGAGGAGAAGGACCACGGCUUCGGGAACAGCUUAGCCUGCAUCCUGGCCGUGCUGCUCUUGCUGAGUGCCAUGCAAGCUAUCGUGCUGCCCAGGACGCUGAUCUUGCUGUUGCUCUCCGUGACCGCCUUUGUUUGGAUCUCCCUUCUGCUCAUCCUGGUCCUGGCAGCACAGCUCAGGUGCAUCCGCUGGGACCUGAGCCGCAUCUUCCCACUGCGGCUGGCGAUCACCAUUUUCUCCAUCAUCUUCAUAUAUGCCAUCGCCCAAGUCAAUGUGCUUUCCUGCCUGCCUGUGCCAGGCUGCCUCGCCCCAAACGCCAGCGUGGAAGCGGCCAAUGCCAGCUGGGCGGAGAGCCACCGGGCCUGCCCACUGCCCCAAUACGUUGCCGUGAGCUGCGUGCUGGCCUUCCUUCCGUCAGCGGCCUUCCUACGCCUGCCCCUGCUCAUCAAGGCCAUCCUGCUCGUGCCCAUGGCCAUCAGCUUCGUGGUGGUCGUCGAGUUCACUCACGCCGACCUCUUCCUCUGCUACGACAGGAGGGUCGGGACCUUCGUUCCACUGCACGUGCUGGCUGUGGUGUGCAUUGUGCACAUCCUGAUGGCCGUGCUCAUUCACGGCCGCCAGGUGGAGUGGACGGCACGUUUGGACUUCCUCUGGAAUGUUCAGGCAAACGAAGAGAAGCGUGAGAUGCAUGACCUGGAGAGCAGCAACCGCAGGAUCCUGUUCAACCUGUUGCCCGCACACGUUGCCACACACUUCCUCGACAACCAGUUUCGCAACAACAUGGAGCUGUACCACCAGUCGUACAGCCGGGUGGGCGUCAUGUUUGCCUCCAUCCCAAACUUCCACGAGUUCUACAUGGAACUGGACGGCAACAACCAGGGCGUGGAGUGCCUCCGCCUGCUCAACGAGAUAAUCGCAGAGUUUGACCAGCUGCUGGACGGUGAACAGUUCAAGGCCAUCGACAAGAUCAAGACAACGGGGAGCACCUACAUGGCAGCCAUUGGUCUCAUGCCCGAAGCACGCAUCGCGGACGACCACGAGUCCGGAGCGAGCUACAUGACCACCAUGGCGGAGCUGGUGUUCACUAUGAAAGACUGCCUGGCCGACAUCAACGAAAACUCCUACAACAACUUCAUGCUCAGAGUGGGUCUCAACAUAGGGCCCGUAGUGGCAGGGGUCAUUGGAGCACGGAAGCCGCAGUACGACAUCUGGGGCAACACGGUCAAUGUGUCCAGUCGCAUGGAUUCCACGGGCCUCCCCAACCAUACUCAAGUCACAGAAGAGGUGUACCAGCUGCUUCGGGAUGGGCCCUACGUGUUCCAGUGUCGUGGCAAGGUCAAGGUCAAGGGCAAGGGCGAGAUGACGACCUACUUCCUGGUCGACCGCAAGGCGGCACCCGGCUGCGGCCAGCACCACCAGGCACAUGCCGGCACCGGUGCCAACCCGACGCAGCCCAACGGCGUCGGGCAGCAGGGGGCCGUCCACGGCGGAGUGCCGACGGCGCUCACGUUUGUUGGCAACCUGCCCCAGCAGAGGGGGGGAUCCUCAACCCCCAAAUCGCGCAACCGGACGGUGCCCCUGCAACCGCCGCCCUCGGACACCGACGACGACCCGCACCCGUACACCCAACCCAAGCCCAUCAUCGUGUCCAACACGCCGCCCCGCAAGAGCUCCUCGGGGUCCAGGACGAGGACGAGGGCCGACCAGCGCAACCCGACGGGCAGUGCGAGCUCCAAGCCGAGGUCGCUCGGGCGCGGAGACCCCUGGGAGAGCCUCAAGCAGAUCGGGGAACUGGUGCCCCCUCCGCCACCGUCGAGCCACCCUUUCGACACCACGGACUCCCAGAGGACCCAGCAGAGCUUCCGUCCGGUCCAGGCGGAGACGCACGACUGGAGCGACAGCAGCGUCGUCGAACACGCCGAGACGUCCUCCAUCAACCGCUCGUCGUCAUCCUCUUGCGGCAGCUUCGAGCGGGUCGACCUUCCGUCCCCGGGGUUCGAGAGUUCGGCCAUGUCGCCAGGGCCGUGGGUCUAUCCCCAGCUGCCCUGCGACCGCAAGUCACAGAGACCGAACGACCCUUUGACCAAUGGGGACGACUUCCCGCAAGUUGGACGCUCCCCUUCCCACAAACAAAACUCUUCUCCGGGGUUCGUCGACCGCAGACAGCGAUCCGGAUCAGCCUCGGACGCGUCCCUUCCGAAGCAUGGCGCAUCUCGGCAAAUGGAAGGGGAUCCGCCGCCGCGUUACGGAACCUCAUCCGGCUCACGGAAGCGUUGCCGCAAGGUCGCAUCACCCACCGUUGUCUCGCCCGAAGAGCUGCCUCGGAAACACCACCGCAGUUUGAGCCGAGAGCCAGCGCUGGGAGGACUGGGGCAGAACGAGUACUCCUGUCCUGUCGAACUCGCGCGUUUCGACAAGCCCGCGGUGCCAGCUCGGCCGUCGCCUCCAGAAAGGAAGUUGCAAGACGUCGAAGCCCAGAGGACCCGACCCCCCGAUCGAACGCACAAUGCGAACCAGGUGUUGAUGCAGCUGGGGAAGGACAUUGCAAACAACAACGGUGCUAGCGGCAGCUUCCUCAUGUGCCUCCAGGAGACGCCCUUUGGCAGGCAGUCUGGGAACGGCGUGGCGCUUCGACUCGACGCCGCCCCCGAAAACAGCUUCGAGCUGACCCCGCUGGACGGGAGUCCAGCCGCCAAGCGACGCCACCGGCAAGAGGAGCCCGCAAGCCAGCAGAGGAGCGCCGUGGUUCGCCAACUUCUCAGUCGCUACCCGGCCGACUAUGGGAAGACGUCGGACGAAGAGGAGGCGUCCGACAGCGAGGAGGACGAAGGCGCGCCCCUGAUGGAAGACAGGGGUGGUUACACGACGGACGACGCUUCGCUCGCCAACGACCACGGACUCACAGACGCCGAGGGGGCACUGAGCGACCUUAACUCCGUACUCAAUGACGCGGGCCACGACGGAGACGUUGACGACACCAGCGUGUCCUCGCGUGCGAGCAGUCGUCUGCUCAGCAUUGACUCCCUGAGUGCCGCAUACGACUCGGAGUACGACAACUUUGGGGGCAUCAAGGCCAGCCUGGUGGGAGGGGGCACGGAGGACCUGAGGUCGCUCACCGACCGCAUUGCGAGGAACUUCGGCCAGUGCGUGAGCGACGAGGACGACAGUGACCUGCUCGCGUGAUCCUUUGGAGCGGAGGAUGUCCCUAACACUUCAGUCAUGCAAUGCUCCGUCUUUUUGAAACAAUUGCCAGCGUUCCACCAGGGUUGGCCAGAGUUGUCGAGUGUAGUUUGUUUACGGUUGUACUAGGACCAAGAUGGGGACGAGACGUGACAAGAGAGUUAAGAACGACAACCGAACGAGUCGAGCGGAAGAGGACAAAUCUCAGCAUACUGUCCGGCACGGCUGGAGUUAGCUACAAGGCAUAAGCACCUGUACAAAACUCGGUGUUAGCACUAGGUGGCUUUUUAUGCCAGCGCUGCAUGUCGCUAAGCCGCUUCCAUCUAUAGCGCCUAAAGUAAUGUUGGGGUGCUUGGUCAAACUGUCACCCAAGUAUAUAAGGUAGAUAUUGCAGAAGCAAGCCACACAGUCAAGCUGUCCGGGCUAGAGGCUUAGCUUGUGGCUUAAGUAGACUUUGUGUUGCAGAUAUCAAUUCAGCUCGGAAUGCAUGCCUCCCAGAAUCUCCGAGGUACAGCAGCACCAUUCGAGGGCCAAUCAUACUUAGGAAACGCGAUGGAAAAAGAACCCAUAUCACGGAGUAUUUUCAGGAGCUUAUGCUGUGCCUAAAUUUGUCACUGAGCAUAAAAGCCAAGGUCUACACUUCUUGGUCUAGCCAAAAUCUGAUCUGACCAAAGACUGCUGCAAAAGUUGGUAUGGUAUGGGGUCUAGCUGGUCUCUUCAAGCCGAUAGUGUCUGCGGGUGUACCUUAGGUUGCAUUAUUGUUGGCCCAAACUCUGCGCCUCACUGUGCUGCCCAACCACUUACAACGUCGAGACUACACCUUUCAGUUAAACAUAGUCAUCAAGAUUGUCUCCUAGUUUCACAAAACAGUGCAAGCGGCACUUAUUAACGCCCUCAUGGGCUAGCCCAAGAAGCAUUUUGGUGUGACCGAUCGUACAUGCUCCCUUGUCUGUAUCACCCUUCAGCAUCGUACGAGAAAACAUUGUGUUCUCAUAUGAUGCAUGAGGCAAAGCUCGUAAUUGUUGAAACCUUGUGCUUCUUGGGUGGGAAGCCAGCUAGAGUUGACACAGUCGAGGAUUGGUCAUUUUCGUUGCUAUUUACGUGUCUCAUUAUCUUUUGUAUGACGCUGGCCUUGUUUACGUUUGUCUGUCGAGGGUCCAACCACGGUGCGUGCUUGUUCCUCCACGCGUUCUUACCUUGUUCCGCUAGCGCAGGAUCAAGCGGACACCGAGCACGCACUACGGCAGCAGCGUUCUGUACGACCGUCCGAGAAGUCUUUCUCGCAGGGCCGUCUAGUCAGUCCUGUCCUUGCAAUAAGGUUGUCGCCCACCAAGUCCCGAGACCGCAAGACAAGAGAUCAGCUCUGCCUUCGCAGCGACUUCCGCAAGUGCUUUGAAACCCCGGCGUUGCAACAAUGUAGCGUCCCCGCCCCCAUUUCCCACACCAAAUCACUCUUGUACAUAGCAUGUAUACAGAACAAUGUUUAACGACUAUCACGCUAAGAGUACCCUUUCCUAGUUCAAGUUGUCCAACCUGCCUUUUUGGGUACGGUUUAGCUCGAGUAGACGGCCACCCUAGGUGAUGCGAACCUCGUUAGAGGGACACUGGCAGGGCAUUUAUGCUCACCAAGGUUUUUAUUUGUACGUGACGUACAAGAGCCCAACUGCCCAGUACACAAUUUGCGGCUCGAAAUUCGUUUUCGUUUUGCCCGAAAACUGCCGAUCGAGAACUGGCCAGUUUGAGUCGCGCUCACUUUCUUCUCUGUGGUCAUGUGCCGUUUUCUACGGUUUAGAGACAACCAACAAGUAUAAUCAAAGUCGUGGGUCAUCGAAGGCACACGCUCAAUAUUGAAAAUAGAAAAGAAAUACGAUACCCAUUUUUUGUGGCUUCCAAAAUGUUGCAAAUAUGCUGAUUGGGAAACAAAUGUAUCACAGCCACGUGACUUCUGCCAAAUCUUUUUCAUCCUCUCUAUUUCUUCUGCCCCCCCAGUCCAGUUUCAGUUUCAGAGCGGUUGUGUUUUUUUAAUUUAUUAAAAAAUACUUGACGCUGAGCGAAACAUUGAUUAGGUAGUCUUCGAACACCAUAAUAAACCGUCUGGCAAAAAAAAAAUUGGUUUUUUUUUUUUUUUUUUUUGUGGUGGGGGGAGGUCAGUGUCCCUUUAACGUGAGGUGCCGUCUCAAUUAAAUCUGCCUGUGUUUUGCUCAGUUUCAUUCAACUUUCCUCACUCUUUAAACGCGUAUCACCGGCCAUUCUACCGAGCUACUUACACUUGUUGCUUCAGAUCAGGUGGCUCCCUUAUACAUUUUAUAGGAUGAUGCCAUUAAGAACACAUCAUUGUUGUUACGAGCUUGUAAAUUUGACGGUUGGUAGACGGGACACUUGCAGCUCACUUUUUGCCAUCUUGGAGAGGAGAAAAAAAAACAAAAAAACUCCCAAAGUGAUUUAUUGUUUUGCAUAGACAUUCACAAAGAGACCAAUCGUGCUCCGAAAUGAUAUGUGCCAAAAACUUUUCUCUAGGGACAGCCACACCCACCGCAAGAAAGAUGUAAGGCCUCCUCAUGAUGCAACAUUUGAAUCAUGAGCUAAAAGCAAGUUACCGUGUGCUUAAAUGUGCUUGCAUAUUUUGCCUCACCCCUGUGUUUGUACACAUUUAAAGCAUUUUUUUAACUGUGCCUCACCCAAAAUAUCCAUAUUUUCAACCAUCACCGCACGCAUGACGACAAAACCUCCGAGACAGCAUGCCUCAUGCCCUGAAUACGAGUCAAAAUGUGCUUGCACAUGAGAUGUCCUACUUAGUUUGGCGCUGCUGUUUUUUCAAGUGCACUUUCACGCAACAGUGUUUUCUGCCAAACGACACCACACUUGUGUGCUGCCAAGCCCGCCUUGGAUGUUGUUGUGCAUCGACUGAGCUUUCUAUUCUUAUUGUUAGAUGACAACAAGGAACUGUUACUGCUCACCACUCAAAGGAUGGUACCUGUACUUAAUGCUAGAGACAAUAAAAGUAAAUACAACUAUACUCAAUGGCUUGUGCCGAGUGGUGCGUUUAUAUUUCUCCAUUUUGUACACCCUCUACAUAUACUGUACACUCGAAGCUUUUUGCAUUCUGCCCAAGCUGACAUAGUCAAA